AUGCCUGAGGGGCCGAGUUUCACUGCCGGUCGCAAUGACCCCAGCGACGCGCCUUGGGUCACCGUCCCCGCUAAGGGUGGGCGCAGGCGAGGGCGCCAGGCUGUUGAGAGGGCCAUCAACUCUCAUGAUCCUCCCGAGCAGCCGCCCGGUAGAUCCAGUGGUACGACCAGGGAUACAUCAAUGGUGACGGCAUCGGGCGUCGAUUCUGGUGUGCCUACGCAUGUCAGGGCGGAGCAUGAACGUGUUGCCGCAUGGUGGCGGGAGCAACCAUCGUGCAUGAAUCUUCGCGACCUCAUAGAGACGCAUUCACCUAGCCAUGCAGCUGUCACACGUGCCGUUUGCCUCGGUGCUGGCUCGUUUGGGGGCCCGUUGGAUUUUGGCGAGUCUAUACGCAGGGCCCAUAUCCAAACAGAGGCAUUUCUUUUGAUCGUUGAGGAGUUGAGUACGUAUACCAACAAAUACCGUUCGCCGGUGCCGAGUGUCAUUUCGCCAGUCGGCAGCUUCAUGGCUAGGCAGGAUCGCAAUAAGUUCCCUACGGCUGACACAAUGAAAUUCUAUGAUAGGUCGCCAGAGCGGUCACGCAAUUGA